ACAAUGGAAGAACACAAGGACAAUCAGCUAGACUAUGAGUCAGAGAAAGUGGAAAUCUUAAGACUGGUCCAGUCAAAGAGGAACAUUAACAGUUUGAACAUGGACCUUGAAAGGGAUAUGCAGAGAAUAGAUGAAGCAAAUCAGGAACUUCUUCUCAAAAUCCAAGGGAAAGAAAAUGAGAUUCAGAGGAUGGAAGGUGAGAUUGCUCACACCAGAGACUUGGCUGAAGAUGAAGAAUGGGAAAAGGAGAACCACACCAUGAUAGAGAGGGAAAAAGCCUUGCAGGAGCUGGAAGAAGAGACAGCCAGACUUGAUAGGAAGAAUGAGACUCUGGUCCACAGUAUAGAAGAACUUCAAAGAAAGCUUACAAGGAAAUCACACAAGGCAACCAAGUGUGAACAAGAAGAUCUAAAAGGAACCCCAGAAGAGUCAAAGGCUAAGAUAAAACAGCUGGAAGCUUCCUGUGCAGACCAAGAGCAAAAGCUGACCAAGGUAAUGGAAGACUAUACAUUUGUGGCACAGCUCUGUGAAGAUCAGGCCCUCUGCAUAAAGAAGUACCAGGAAACUCUGAGGAAAAUGGAAGAAGAACUAGAGACUCGGUUCCUUGAGAGAGAAGUAUCAAAAGUCUUGAGCAUGAAUUCUGCAAGAAAAAAGUUUAACAGCCAAAAUAAUAAGGAUGAUUCUCUCCAAAACAAGGGAACUUGGUUCUGUAAAAGGUUUUUUCAAUAUGUCUUUUCCACCACCCUAUUUUUCAUCAGACUGCUGGGCUACUUGUUUUUCCACAUAUGUUUUAUAAAUCCAGAUCUCCUUAUCAACACACUGCCCAAGAUAUUGAGCAGGGGCAUUCUGUGGAAGCUAAGAUGCUUCCUCUUUCCAUCUCUCACACUUGAGACAGAGGACAUGUUACCCCACUGA